AUGGCCGAGGGCGCGGCCGAGUGGGAGGGUCCCGCGCAGCCCGACGCGGCCGGCGGCGAAGACGACCCCCGGGCGGGCCCGGAAGGCGCCCCCGCGGACGGCGGGGCGGCGGCGCCUGCGGGCCGGUGGCGGGACCGGCGCAGCGGGGUGGUGCUGCCGGGCGCCGCCGGGACCCCCGCGGACGGCGAGGCGGGCCUCCUGGAGGCGGCGCGGGCGACCCCCCGGCGCAGCAGCAUCAUCAAGGAUCCUGCGACCCAGAAGGGCGGCGGCCGGAAGAAGACGGUGUCCUUCAGCAGCAUGCCGUCGGAGAAGAAGGUCAGCAGCGCCAGCGACUGCAUCAGCUUCAUGCAGGCCGGCUGCGAGCUCAAGAAGGUGAGGCCCAACUCGCGCAUCUACAACCGCUUCUUCACCCUGGACACCGACCUCCUGGCUCUCCGCUGGGAGCCGUCCAAGAAGGACCUGGACAAAGCCAAGCUGGACAUCUCCGCCGUCAAGGAGAUCAGGCUGGGCAAGAACACGGAGACGUUCCGGAACAACGGCCUCGCCGACCAGAUCUGCGAGGACUGUGCCUUUUCCAUCCUCCACGGGGAAAACUACGAGUCUCUGGACCUCGUGGCCCACUCGGCAGACGUGGCGAACAUCUGGGUGUCGGGGUUACGGUACCUGGUUUCCCGGAGCAAGCAGCCCCUCGAUUUCAUGGAGGGCAACCAGAACACGCCCAGGUUCAUGUGGCUGAAGACGGUGUUUGUGGCGGCGGACGUGGACGGGAACGGGAUCAUGUUGGAAGACACCGCGGUGGAGCUGAUCAAGCAGCUCAACCCCACCCUGAAGGAGUCCAAGGUCAGGUUGAAGUUUAAGGAGAUCCAGAAGAGCAAGGAGAAGCUCACCACCCGCGUGACCGAGGAGGAGUUCUGCGAAGCCUUCUGCGAGCUUUGCACCAGGCCCGAGGUGUAUUUCCUACUCGUGCAGAUAUCCAAGAACAAGGAGUACCUGGACGCCAACGACCUGAUGCUCUUUUUGGAAGCCGAGCAGGGGGUCGCCCAUAUCACGGAGGACAUGUGCUUGGACAUCAUUCGGAGAUACGAGCUUUCUGAGGAGGGGCGUCAGAAAGGGUUCCUCGCCAUCGAUGGCUUCACCCAGUAUCUGUUGUCGCCGGAGUGCGACCUUUUCGACCCGGAGCAGAGAAAGGUCGCCCAGGACAUGAGCCAGCCGCUGUCUCACUACUACAUCAGCGCCUCGCACAACACCUAUCUCGUUGAGGACCAGUUCCGGGGGCCGGCGGACAUCAAUGGCUACGUGAGAGCCUUGAAGAUGGGCUGUCGGAGCAUCGAGCUCGAUGUGAGCGACGGCCCCGAUAGCGAGCCGGUCCUCUGCAACCGCAACAACGUGAGCACGCACCUGUCCUUCCGCAGUGUCCUGGAGGUGAUCAACAAGUUCGCCUUCGUGGCUUCCGAGUACCCGCUCUUUCUGUGCCUGGGGAACCACUGCUCGCUGCCCCAGCAGAAGGUGAUGGCCCAGCAGAUGAGAAAGGUCUUCGGCACCAAGCUCUACACCGAAGCGCCCUCGCCGUCAGAAGCCUACCUCCCCUCCCCCGAAAAACUAAAAAGGAGGAUCAUCGUAAAAGGGAAGAAACUGCCUCCUGACUCAGAGGCCUCCGAGGGAGAGGUGACCGACGAAGACGAAGAAGCCGAGAUUUCUCGGAGGAUGUCGGUGGACUACAACGGCGAGCAGAAACACAUCUGGCUGUGCAGGGAGCUCUCUGACUUGGUGUCCAUCUGCCAGUCCGUGCAGUACAGGGACUUCGAGCUGUCCAUGCGAAGCCAAAGCUACUGGGAGAUGUGCUCGUUCAGCGAGUCCGAGGCCAGCCGCAUCGCCAACGAGUACCCGGAGGACUUCGUGAAUUACAACAAGAAGUUCUUGUCCAGGAUCUACCCCAGCGCCAUGAGGAUCGACUCCAGCAACCUGAACCCGCAGGACUUCUGGAACUGCGGCUGCCAGAUCGUGGCGAUGAACUUCCAGACGCCGGGCCCGAUGAUGGACCUGCACACGGGCUGGUUCCUGCAGAACGGGGGCUGCGGCUACGUGCUCAGGCCGUCCAUCAUGCGGGACGAGGUGUCCUACUUCAGCGCCAACACCAAGGGCGUGGUCCCCGGGGUGUCUCCCCUCGCCCUGCACAUCAAGAUCAUCAGCGGCCAGAACUUCCCCAAGCCGAAGGGGGCGUGCGCCAAGGGGGACGUCAUCGACCCCUACGUGUGCAUCGAGAUCCACGGCAUCCCCGCGGACUGCGCCGAGCAGAGGACGAAGACCGUGCAGCAGAACAGUGACAACCCCAUCUUCGACGAGACGUUCGAGUUCCAGGUGAACCUCCCCGAGCUGGCCAUGAUCCGCUUCGUGGUCCUGGACGACGACUACAUCGGGGACGAGUUCAUCGGGCAGUACACCAUCCCCUUCGAGUGCCUGCAGCCCGGCUACCGGCACGUGCCCCUGCGCUCCUUCGUGGGGGACGUCAUGGAGCACGUCACCCUCUUCGUGCACAUCGCCAUCACCAACCGCAGCGGCGGCGGGAAGCCGCAGAAGCGCAGCCUCUCCGUGCGGAUGGGCAAGAAAGCCCGGGAGUACACCAUGCUCAGGAACGUGGGCCUCAAGCCCAUCGAUGACAUCUUUAAAAUAGCGGUGCAUCCCUUACGAGAAGCCAUAGACAUGAGGGAGAACAUGCAGAAUGCCAUUGUGUCCGUGAAGGAGCUGUGCGGCCUGCCUCCCAUCGCCAGUCUGAAGCAGUGCCUGCUGACCCUGUCCUCACGCCUCAUCGCCAGUGACAAUACUCCCUCCGUGUCCCUCGUGAUGAAGGACAGCUUUCCAUAUCUGGAGCCGCUGGUGGCGAUGCCGGACGUGCAGAAAAAGAUGCUGGCCGCCUAUGACCUGAUGAUUCAGGAGAGCCGGUUUCUCAUAGAAAUGGCUGACACAGUCCAGGAAAAGAUUGUGCAGUGCCAGAAAGCAGGGAUGGAGUUCCAUGAGGAACUUCAUAAUCUGGGGGCAAAAGAAGGCUUGAAAGGAAGAAAACUCAAUAAGGCAACUGAGAGCUUUGCGUGGAACAUUACAGUGCUGAAGGGCCAGGGAGACCUGCUGAAGAGCGCGAAGAACGAAGCCCUGGAAAACAUGAAGCAGAUCCAGCUGGCGUGCUUGUCCUGUGGACUCAGUAAGGCGCCUGGCGGCGCAGCUGAGGCCAAGAGCAAGCGCAGCCUGGAAGCCAUCGAGGAGAAGGAAGGCGGCGAGGAGAAUGGGAAGCUGCGGCCCUGA